AUUCACACCUCAUCAAAGUAUAUUCAUACUAUAAGAAACAUCCACUACUCCAACUUCUUUCCAAAUUCAAAAUGUCUCCUGCUCGCAAGGCGCUCAUUAGCAUUACUUCGGCCCAGGCCACACUCUUCCAAGGAAAAGAGACAACCGGACUCUUCAUCAGCGAAGCUCUUCACCCAUUCAAGGUCCUGACUGCUGCGGGCUUUGAAGUUGAUCUCGCCUCUGAGACUGGAAAAUACACCCCUGACUGGCUCUCCCAACAGCCCGACUUUCUCAACGGCGAUGAUCUCAAGAUCUGGAACGACCCCAACAGCGACUUCCGCCGCAAGCUAGACAAUCUACACAAGGCUGCCGACCUGGAUAAAUCCCAGUAUGGCUUAUUCUAUGCCUCUGCUGGCCACGCCGCUCUGAUCGACUAUCCCACCGCAUCCUCCUUGCAAAAAAUCGCUGAGGAAGUCUGGGCGAACGGCGGUGUUGUUGCCUCGGUGUGUCAUGGACCUGCUAUCUUUGCCAACAUCCUCGAUAAGGCAACUGGAGAGCCUAUUAUCAAGGGAAGAAAGAUGACUGGGUUCACCAGUGAGGCCGAAGACACUAUGGGAAUAAUGGCCGAGCUUCGGGGAUGGAAUUCGGAGAUGGUCGAAGAGGUUGCCGAACGCCUUGGCGCUACUUAUGAGCGCUCCGCUGGAAUUUGGGAUGACUUCCACGUCGUUGAUGGCCGUCUAGUGACAGGCCAGAAUCCUGCUAGCGCAACGUCGACUGCUAAGGCUGCCGUUGCGGUUUUUGAGACAUUGUGAUUGCAUAUUUGUCAAGUCUCUCUCUGGAAUGGAUCAUGGAAUUGUACUAGCUGUCUGAUAGGUGGUCAGAGCUCUCACUUAACUUUUGUGGAGUAUAUUUUUUGAAUGGUACAUUCAGAGUGAGA